AUGCCGUCCUUCCGCAAACGCAUUAAAAACUACCUGAAUGGAGACUCGGUGGUGUUGCGACUGCUGGGCAAGGUGGAAGAGAAAACCGGCAUAAAGAAGUAUUAUCUUGUGACAGGUUCUGUUUGCACUUUAGGACUCUACCUUAUAUUUGGUUAUGGAGCGUCUCUAGUCUGCAAUCUUAUUGGUUUUAUGUAUCCAGCCUACACAUCGAUCAAAGCAAUUGAAAGCGCAGAUAAAAAGGAUGACACAAUAUGGCUGACUUAUUGGGUCGUUUAUGGAGUGUUCAGUGUGGUGGAAUUCUUCUCUGAUAUAUUUCUCUUUUGGUUUCCCUUUUACUACCUUGGAAAGUGCGCCUUUCUCCUUUGGUGUAUGGCUCCAUUCUCCUGGAAUGGUUCCCAGAUUCUUUAUGAAUGCUUCAUCCGUCCAUUUUUCUUGAAACACCAUCAAACUGUAGAUAGUGUUGUAAGUGAUCUCGGAGGACAUGCGCUAAGCACAGCAGAGGCAGUCACAAGGGAAGUCCUGCAGACUCUCACUAGCAGCAGAUCUCUACUGGCACGAGAGAGGGGGCAGCAGGCCCUCCCCAGCACCUCUCAUACAAAGGAAUCUUGA